UCGAUUCAUAUAAUAAAUUGCUAGCACGACACCUUAUUCACUUCGAGAUGUCAACUCAAUUGUUCAUUUCCGUCAGAUAUGGAGAAAACAGACAAGAACUUUUUAACCCACAUUGCAAAAGUCAGUUAUUAUUGGAUUGUAUUCGAGAAAAAUGUCACUGCAGAGAGGGAGAAAUUCUCGAUCUUGUCGACGAAAAUGGAAAUGUUGCUAUGAUUUCUGAUGCAGAUAAUUCAACAGAAUAUGCAAGUCAAUUCUUAGAAGGACGAAAAAAUUACGUCUUGAUAAGAAUUAUAAAGUCGUUAUCCGGAAAAGAACCCAACAGAUAUGAGGCAUUGUUACAGAACAUUGAGAGGCAUCAUCCAGAUUUAGCUGAACGACUUGAAAGAAUGUCAAAACCGGCACAGUUGACUACAGCAAAAGACAAGAAAUUCCAAAGUGCCAAAAAACGAGGAACGUUAAGUCACAUCAAAGCAAAAUCUCCCAAACGAAACUCUGUUGUGAAAUAAACACGUUUUGUUUGUAACGCUUGCGUCCUUUCUUAUUAUUACCAUAUUGCUGUCUAAAAUCUAUUGUUCUUUAAAUAAUAAAUUCAGUA